AUGCCCACCACCAUCCUCCUCCCACGCCAGAACCCCGCCCCACACCUCACUCCCCUCCCCGUCCUCCUCGAGGCUCAGCGCAUAGCCCGCAGCCGCGGCCACAUACUCGACAUCCAGGCCCUCAUGUCCCCCGCCCAACGCGAAGACUACAGGGCAAGCAUAGGUUUGCCGGGCAGGGACAGAGACGAGGACGAGGAAGACGAAGAACACGAGGAAAUAGAAAAGGAAGAGAAAGCGGAGAAUGGCAAGGAGGCAGAGCACGUGGAUGGGCAUGAGGCAACGGCCACAGACACGCCGGCACCGACAGAUCCAGCGUCAGCCACAGCAUCCCCUGCCCCGGCGGCACGCAAACCAUUCAAGGUGCCGGAUCUCUCGCAUCUCCAUUGGAAGCAACGGCAGAAACGGCUGGCACACAUUGCACGCGAGCAAGAGCUGCUGGCCAGGGGGCAGAUCACCGAGAUGAGCAUCUUUACAGAGGACGGCGUGCCCCAGCCGAAAACGCGAACCAAGGAGAAGCUCUUGACAAAUACAGAGAAGGAGGCUAUACGGGAUAGUGCGAGCUACUGGCAGGUACCCUUCAGCUGGCACAUAAUCCUUGCUGACUUGUUGUGCAGGAAUAAUCUCUUGAUGCAAGCUCGGCGGCAGCGCAUUCCACAAUGGGACUAUUCCACCCAACAGCAGCAUUUCGAACGGCACUCUCAAGACUACUAUACACAAGGCCUCAGCCCCCCUCCUACGCCUCUUCACAAAAAGCGCAAACUCUCUUCCACAGACGCCGAACGCGCUCUACCCAACGGUACGAGCAUCGAACGCAGUCUAUCAAACGAGGGGGGCGCUUCCGAUACUCCCGGGUCUGCAUCAAACCACAUGCAGGGCUCUGGCCGUCACCCUUCCGCUACUCCCACAUCCUCCUACACCCCCCUACAGCGUGGUACCACCCCAGGGUCCCAUCCCGGCCAACCCAGCUCGGCGAGAUCCAACUCGCUAUCCUUGCCUCCUGGUUUCAGCGGACACACUGCGCCUUCGGGAGGCAUGAACCCGUCUCUGAUGGCGGGUAUGAAUCCUUCACAGAUGGGUGCAAGACCAGAUGGCUAUUCGCAGGGAGUGAAUGGUCUCGCGAUGCGGGGGAUGGGCUCUCUCCCACAUACCGGCGGCGCCCCGCAUAAUCCUUCCAAUCCACCUGCCACUCCAGGAUCUGCACAAGGCGUACCUUCUUUCCUUGGCCUGAAUAACAUGGGGGCUAUGCAGGGGAUGCAAGCCGCUCAAGCGCUACAAGCACAAGGACGGUUACCGCCGAGUAUGUCGGGAAUGCCGGGGCUGAGUGGGAUGCCGGGGCUGGGGGGUGGUGGACAAGGAGCGCAGGGGCCCAUGUUGAGCGGGGGAUGGCGAAGAGAUUGA